AUGGCGGACCCCGUCGUGAAAUCUUUAGGCGAGACCGAGUCUGAGCGAACGGCAAAUGCGUUGAGGGUGAGGCUGAUGGCGCACCAGAUCAUUGUGGAGGCGCUGGAUGAUGACGAUGAUGAGGAGGAUUUUGAUGAUGAGGAGGAGGACGAUGAUGAUGUUGUUGAGGUGAAUAAGAAGGAGGAGUGGCGGCAGAGGCUUGAUAAGCUUCAGAUUCAGUAUGGCCCGGCGCUUGCCGCUCGUGAUAAGGAAGCCAAGGAGCGCAUCCUCGACUACGAUCCCAAGCAGGGGGGCGCCUACUACACCCGGCUUCUCUACGUCUAUGACCUCGCCUCAUUCGACCACGACGAGGAGUCACCCCUUCUGCCGAUGAGAUUUACUGAUGCGGUCUACAAAAGCAAGCAUGACUAUGAGCUGUGUGAGGCAGUAAACAUCUUUUCUGUGAAGAUGGGCUCCUUGGAUAUUGACUUCCCAAUCCAUGUCUAUGGCACUGUCAUUGGUAGAGACAGCCUUGACAAAAAGUGUGUUUAUCUCUUCCGCCGUGGUAGAGAGGACUCCCAAAUUAUCAACUCUAAGGAUGAAUCGCUGAUCUUAACAGGACCAAAACGAGGUCUUGCGCUGAUAAGUGAUACAUAUGUGGAGAUUAAUCUGAUGAUCAAGGGUGAUGAUGAGUUGCAGCAGGACAGAGAACUCAGUAAAGGAAUCCUAACAAUACAAGGCAUAGCACGGCGAUGGUUGAAGGAUUGUGUGCUUGAAAGCUGCUCUCUCGCUACCAGGCUCAGUACUGUGGAUGUGGUGUAUGCAGUUGUGAAAGAUGCAGUGGAGGCUACCAUUUCAGUUGAAGUUUUAGCGGGAGAAUAUUUUGGAGAAAUUACAGCCUGCACCAGCAGCAUCAAGAAUAGGCUUGUGCUUCAUGACAGCAGAUUGACUCGUAGUGAUAGUGGUCAGAACAUUGCCCCUGCCGUCAUCCCACUCUUGCGAUCUGUGGUGGCUGUCUAUGUCAAGGAGAUGCUGUUACUGACUAUUGCCGCCCAUACUGAUCAUGGAGAAAUUACAAAGUGCAUUGAGUUUACUCCAAGAGUCAAUGGUUCAGAUCUGGAUGAAAUUACUGUUGGUGCCGCAACAUUGGGCGUGAGGGUUGUAUGGUCAAUAAUUGACUAUUGA